CUGAAAAAAACUAAGUGAAAAAUAAAUUUUCAGAUCUAGAAUGGAUUCCGGGUUAGUAAACAAGAUGAUGGUUGUUAUGCCGAAGAAGGAAACGAACGAUACAAAUAACUGUAGAGUAUGUGAGAAAGUGUUUACCUCUAAACCUAGUCUGAUGGGACACAUGAAAACUCACAAGAAUAUUUUAUUUGUUUGUGGAGAGACAAGUUGUGGACUUGUUGCUUCAUCUGUCAAACAAUUCAACGCCCAUCAAAGAACUCAUGAGCUUGUCUGUGAAUACUGUGAGAAAAGGUUUACCAGGAAGUGUGUAUUAACAACACACAUGGAGAGUGUACAUUUAAAGAAAUACAACUUUUCCUGUGAUAUUUGUGAUAAGAAAUUUUAUCGUAAUAAUGACUAUCAAGCACAUUUAAACACGCAUAAAGGUAUUAAAAAAUUUCCCUGUACUGAGUGUGAAAAAACAUUCGGACAUAUUUCAAAUUUAAACAGACACACAAGAACUCAUACCAAAGAGAAACCGUAUAUUUGUCCUGACUGUGGUCAAAGGUUUACACAGUCCUCUACUCUAGUGGCACACAAGAAGUCACAUAACCUGAACCUCAUGUUCUCCUGCUGUCUCUGUGAUCGUAAGUUCCUUCGCUCUAAACAAUUAAGGGAGCAUCAGAAAACCGCUCAUGGUGCAACCUCUGAGCCUGCUCCGCCCAGGGAAUCUAGAAAGUUUUAUUGUAAAAUCUGCGGCAAAACCUUUAAUUUUAAAGUUGAUUUAUCCCAUCACUCGGCUUUGUUUCACAGUGACAGUGCAACAUGUUUAGUUUGUGGACUUAGCUUCAGCUCCGCCUCACAGCUUGAAGAUCAUAAGUGCAGUCAGAUACCUAGAGACUCAUCAAUCCAAGAAACAUCAUCCUUUCCCUCUAGUAUAGAAACCGAUCCACCAAUCCUGGAAUAUAAGACUAAUUUGCCAGAGGACGGAUCUACAAAGCAUCAAGAUAAACCAGUUCUUGAACAGUUUAGUAAUAAUGAUGAAUUAUCAACAACCCCGCAUAAACUAGAAUCUAAUGUAGGAAUUAUUAUCUCUGGUGAAGAAACAUCUCCUUAUAUACUUCCUUACAACCAGGAACCUUCGUUUAUUCUGUCAUCUCUACAAGAGUCUGUAACAUUAAUUUUCCCUCCCGCGGAAUUAUCAAUUCUUUCAGAAAAUGCGGAACAUGACGCUCUUGUGGAACAGGGACAUUAUCUUGAUAGAGUGCCAUCUCAAAAUAAAGUAAAUCUGAACACGAAACGCUCUGUUACUACAACAUCGUCUCUAAAUCUUACUGCUCGAGAUACUACCUGGAGUAACAGCAUAAAUCCUAUUCUUCUACCAGGGUUACCAAUGUCUAACAAUAAAUCAAGAGAAAAUGUUUCUCCAAACCAAACCCAGUUUAAAGGAUUUACUAAUAAAGGAGGGACUGAUCUUAGUUUUAAAACUAUUGAGGAAGAAAAAAAGAAUAUGGGCACUAUUAUAUAUAUUGAGAAAGCUAUAAAUAACGGGAGUGAUCCAGAAGGAUCUUUUCAGGAAGAAGACGAUUACGAAGAUGAAGAGGAAUAUGAGGAGGUAGAUGAGGAGGAAAUUAUAAGGAAUGAAAGUGGAAAGAUUGUUCAGAGAGAAAGAGAAAUAAUUAUGAUAGUGGGGGAGGAAAGAGGAAACAUAUUGCAAGUGGAGGAGGAAAAAGGAAUGAUGAUUGUGGAGAAUGAAAGGGAAAAUGUGAUAAUUGUGGAGGAGGAAGGAGAAAACAUGUUUAGAGUAGAUGAGGAAAGAGAACAAUUAUCAAAAGUUGGAAAAGUAAAAAGCAUGUAUUGGAAAGGAAGAGAAGGAAGGAUGAAUCUGUCAGAAAUAUAUUCAGAAACCCAGUCUCAGAUAACUUUAGAGAAUCCAGAACUGAUCGACAAGAAACGGUUAUUAAAUAAUCCACAUUUAUCUGCCAGAGUUGAAACCAGACCUGCUCAUGUUAUAUCUUACUCAGGAUCAGGUUUAACCUAUCCUAGGUCGGAGUAUCCCGGGAAUCAAAUUAACCUAGAAUCUGGGAAACUCAAGUACAUUGAGACUUCGGUUAUUAAACCCAACCUGACGAUAUGCAGUCCUUUCAAUACCAAAAAAGAUGAUUUAGCCGCUAAGUCCAAAGUUAUCUCCAGUAUAAAGAAGAUACUGGAGAAAUAUACCGAGGGUAAAGGAAGAAGAAAGGAGGUUAAUAAACAUCGAUUGAAGAACCAAGAGAAGAAUGAGAACCAAGAGAAGGAUGAGAAGCGAGGGAAGGAUGAAAAGAGAGGGAAUGAUAAACCGCGAGAGAAGGAUGAGAAACAAGAUAAAGAUGAGAACCAAGAGAAGGAUGAGAAUCAAGGAAUGGAUAAUCCUGUUCUUGUUGAACCUGGAGAAUUUAGUAAAAACAAGUUUAGUUGUACAAUAUGCGACAAAAAAUUUGACAGAAGUAAAUCCUUAAAAUUCCACCAAGGUGUUCACGCCAACGAGGAUAAACAGUUUGAAUGUUACAUUUGUUCUGAGAAAUUCUCCUGGAAAAUAUCCUUGGAUCGACACCUGAGCAGGUUUCAUGGUAACCCGGAGUAUAUCCAGUGUAAACUGUGUCCUCGGCAGUUCAAGGUUCAAUCUAUUCUCCAGGAGCAUGUGAGAAGGGUCCAUCAGAACCUCAAGAACUACUCCUGUGAUCAGUGUGACAAAAAGUUCUUUAAAAAAGGAGAUUUAAAGGUACAUUCUCGAGUUCAUAGCGGGGUUCGGCCGUAUUCUUGUCAGAUUUGUAAUAAACAGUUCUCCCAUAAUUCUCAUCUUCACAGACAUGUACGAUCUCACACGGAAGGACGGAGUAGUGAUAAAGGAAUAUUCUCCUGCACGAUCUGUGGAACUCUCUUCCCAACUAGAAAAAAAAUGGAAAUACACGCUGCUGAACAUAUUGAAGAGAAUCCCGGGGCUCCGGGAACAUUACUUAAAACCCUUCUCACUUCUAUCGGAGACACUUGAAGGAUUUCAUCGGAGACCAUUUGGGGAUUCAUGUGGAGUCUCUUGAGAGAUUAUUUAGGAAGACAUUUAAACGCCGCCGUCAGGGGCUUAAAGAUUUCCAUCGAAAACAUUCGGAAAAUUCUAUGGAAAAUAUAUUUCAUCAUUGUUUGAAAUACAUUCUGCAUCUUAAUAACUAAACAAAUUAUGUAAAAAUGAUUAUUAAUUCUAUACAAAGAAAUAGAGAUACUUCAAUGUAAAGUAUCUUGAUUUAUAUAUUUCUUCGAAAUAUAAUCUGUAUCUUGA